AUGAAGAAUAAAGAUUAUCAUCUAUUUUCAGAAUGUGUAUCUACCACGACUUCUGAUACCCGUAUUGGGACUGCUUAUUGUAGACGAAGGCCUUGGUCAAGAGCAGUUUUUAGCUCAUUACAGCGUAAAGGACUAGAGAAGCGAUUUGCUCUUCAAAAAUACAUUACUAAACCUGAUAGGCGACAAUUAGCUGCAACGCUCGGUUUGACCGAUGCUCAAGUGAAGGUGUGGUUUCAAAAUCGUCGAAUGAAAUGGCGUCACAUCAAAGAAGAUAAGAAAAUUAGUGCAUCAAAUGAUAACGCGUCCAAAGCUGAUAAGGACAAUAAUUUGAGUGGAACAGCUCAAAAUCGCGCUCAUACAUGGGAAAGAAAAGAAUAUUCUAGCGAUGAAGAUGUAGACAUAGAAUCUAAUACCUGA